AUGAAGUGUGCACGACAUCAUCAUCUUUACAAAGAGGACGUCCAAAGGAUGAGCAUAUUGACAGUGCUUUUGAAAAAGUGUGUAGGUGCAUUGGCGAUUCAGAGGACUGUUAAUUCACUUUACAUGAGUGGUGUUCUUGAGAGCUACCGCGGAGAGUCAGCACGCCGCUGUCCCCAGAGGUUGUCUUGCUCACGCGGGAUGAGCAUCGUACGAAUCCAAGGGAGCAGGAUGGCGUCUCCACCUGAAGAUUUUGAAGAUUUUCCUGGCUCCAAUACUUCCUGGCCUUCUCCGGCCCUCUCAGACAUCGCCGUCAACAACAGUACCUGGCUCGGCACGGAUAUCACCCUCACCGCAGCUCAAAAGGACAUGACAGGGAGCCUUGUGUCCCUGGGGUGCCUCCUGGGAGCGUGGUGUGUCGGUGCGGUGGGGACGCGACUUGGACGGCGAUUAUGCUUGCAAUUUACAGCUAUUCCUCUUCUUGUGGGCUCUAUUGCACUUUCCCUUUCUACUAACGUCUACGUUAUGCUUGGGGCGAGACUGCUGCAAGGAUUCGGCAGCGGGAGUUCUUCUGCGGCAGGAACUCUUUAUGUGGUGGAAGUGGCUGACACAUCGGUUCGAGGCGCCAUGACAACAGUGUGCACUUUGGCCAUAGUGUUGGGAGGUCUCUUUGUCGUAGGCGUCGGCUGUGUGCUACAUUGGUACCACUUAGCCCUGGUGUGUGCCAUUCCUCCAAUUAUUCUAUUGAUUGGAACUUUCUUCUUACCCAAGUCUCCCGCCAUCUUGUUGGUACGUGGGAAGAGACUUGAAGCAGUAAGAACUUUGAGAAGACUGCGGGGUCCUUAUGCAAAUCUGCAAUCAGAAAUACAGAUGCUAGAAAUGAAGAAUUCCUCCCAAACGACUGACUGGAAAAAGAUUCUAAACCGGCGCACGGCCAAGCGAUUGGCUGUAGUAGUGAUGUUAUUCGCUUUCCAGCACUUCUGUGGUAACUAUGUGUUUAUUGUUCACACUGCCCGGAUCUUGGAGAAGGUGGGAGCUCCCUGGGACCCAGACAUGGGCACCGUUCUCGUGACAGCUGUGAGACUUGCAGGAACGAUGGUGUCCAUUUUCUUAGUGGAUCGAAUGGGCCGCCGAUCUUGCCUGGUUGCCUCACAUGCGAUCGCGUCUGCCUCCUUGGUCAUGCUCGGGACCUAUGUCUACCUGGCAGAGGGGGCACCAGACGAGAACACCUCGUUUUCAAGCCUUGGGUGGGUGCCGCUUCUCUGUGUGGUGACGGCGGUGUUCGGAAUCUUCUUAGGAGCCCAUCCUGUACCCUACUGCCUCGCUGCCGAGUACUUCCCCACAAGUAUUCGUAGUCAGACCUUUUCGAUCUGCUACUCCGCUGCGAUGCUGUUCUCCUUCCUGGUGCUGCAAGUGUACAGUCCAAUGCAGGACGCGCUCACCCACCCCGGCCUCUACUGGUUUUACAGCGCCUCCAGCUGCCUAGCCGUGGCUUUCACGCUCAUCUUUGUUGAGGAAACCAAAGGCAAAAAUAUUGGCUAAUAAAAGGAGGAAGGAUAACAUUAAACAACGACGAAUGUGAGCACCACCACCCUUGCACCAAGAAGAUUAUCAGCAACGCGUGUAAUGAUGUUGUGUGGAACCUUCCCAAAGAAUCACUCAUUUUUUUAGAAUUUCAAAAUACUUAUUUGACAAAUGAUUUAGCCCUGCCAAUGUGCUUUCUAAAAUGGUGCAUAACGUUUCCCUACUCCCAGUAGUUUCGUCGCUAGAGCUUCAAACGUAAACCCUGUCGAGAGCGAUUUUGACGAACUCCAGGCAUU